AUGAAGCUGCUUCUUCUAUUGUGCCUGAUAUCAGCCAGUGUUGUCCUUGGCAAGCCGCUGGACGAAGCCGAUGCACAAGGAUCUAACGAUCUCAACUUCCGAGAUGCCAUCGAAGAAGUACUGGCCGAAGAUGCGGAUGCAGCGCUCGAAGUUGCAGAUGAGCAACAAGUAGGAGAAGUUGCAGAUGCUGCAGAACCUGAAGAAGGCGACCAAGAAGCACAACCGGAAGAUGAAGAACCUGCUGAGGAGGCAGAACCGGAAGAGGAUGCACAAGAGGAACAACCAGAAGAGGAUCCACAAGAACCUGCUGAAGAGCCAGAACCUGAAGAAUCUGAUAAUGACGAAGAACAACAAAACUCUGGGGAUGAAGAAGCCCAAGAACCUGCUGAGGAGCCGGAACCUGAGGAACCGGAAGCAUCUGGUGACGAAGAAAACUCUGAAGAAGAUCGUCCGGAACCUCCUCGUCCACCAAAGCAUCCCCACCAUGGGCAUGGAAAGCCCCACCACGGACAUGAGCCACCACGUGCUGGACCGGGACACCAUCAUCAUCAUCACGGAGGACCUCGGCCGGUCAUCUAUUAG